AAACCUAUUUAUGUUUUUGCCAUUUUUUUAAGAUAAACUGAGGUAUUUUUAAAACGAAGUUUAUUAUAACAAAUUUAGACAUUUAGUUAAUUUUUAAACUAUAGUGGCCUUUUACUAUCAAUAAACAUAAGUACUACAUUUUUAUAAAACAUGCCUAAAUCACUGGAUAAGACAAAGGGCGCAAAGAGGAAAAAGACCCCAAACAAUUCCACCGCUAACACAGAAAGUGAUACAAGUUUAUCAAAACCAGGCCCAAAGAAGAAAAAACUGCAGAAGAAACGUGCUAUAGAAGGGAUUGGAAUGUCGAAACAACUUGCUGCGCAAGUGCAAAAUAAGCAGCAAUCGCGGACAUGUAGACCAUCAAAAACCAACGCAGCACCGAGAGUUUGCGGGAACGGCAAACCCAUGCCAUCUUUAGCAGAAUUAGAAGCCAUGUACGCCACAGACUCUGACGACGAUGGAGACCCACCUAAAACAGCACCUGCUGAAGAAAGAUGUGUCACACCUGAACAGAAGCCUAUUAUAACCGAUGAACAGAACUUAAACUCCCCUACAACACUAAAGCUUAUAACAUCGAAAGUAAUAGAUUUGCUUUCAAAAACAAUUGUACUUGAUGAUGAUGUUCCAAAGCCAAUUAAACCCCAAAAACGACCAAAGAAAAGUGAUAUACCAUAUAUUGUUGGAUGUCGAGAGCGAAAACAAGUGCCAUGGGCACCCAAAACUAAGUUUUGUGUUGGUAGUGAGAAAUAUGGUGUGGAAGAUAGUUGCUCAUCAGAUGACGAGGAUUGUUGUCCAAAAAAGCGAAGAAAAAGAGGUGAAAAAAUGAACCUUUCAAAAUCCAUUUUCAAUGCCAAAAGCGAUGAAAUAGCUGAAAGACUGAAAGAACAUGAAAACCUAGAAAUAGUCCGCAACUGCAGUCCUGGCAGUAAUGAAACAGUUACAUAUGAAUUUAAUGAUGGGAGCACAAACAGAUACUUUGAGCCAUUACCUAGUACAUCCAGAGAUGAAGAAACUAUUAUGCAAAAUGAAAAACGAUUUAAUGAAAGCUUACAAUGUGAAAGUACUUCUAAUGACAGCCAAAAUUAUGUUGAAGUGAUUGAAGUACCUUGUGAAACCAUUGUUAUAAAUGACACCUUAACAAAUAGAGAAACAUCACUUAGCCAUGAACAGACUCUAGAUGAUGAUUGCUGCAUUCUUGUUGAACCAGAAACUAAAAGAAAAAAGAAUGAGAUUGAUAACUAUAUAAAGACUGGUUCACCACAAGAGGACAUUUACAGCUCAAUAGAUCUGACUCAAACACUUGAUAGUGAGGUUUAUGUAAUUGGAGAUGAUGAUAUUGAUGAUGUGAUUGCUCAGAACAAAGCUAUACUGGGAACAGAUCUUAAAGGCAACCAUGAUGAAUUACCAUCUGUAAUUGUUGUAAAUCCAGAUGACAUAAAGGUACAAUCAUCAAACAAUCAAGAUACAUCUCAUACUGAUGAAAAUAUACCACAAACUGGUACUAUUAGUCCUGUCAACUGUAAUGAUACAGUAAACAUCCCUAGUGAUAAUAUAGCAACAGAUCAAACACCACGAAGCAUUAGUAAUGAGAUUUUUAAUGUAGUUAACAAUUUCUUCACUCAAUCCCAGGCUUCACCAAGUACAGGUACACAAGCACAAGAGAUUACAAGAAGCAGAAUAUCCUCAUUUGUAUCGUGGAUGUCAUCAAUAGCUUUUAGUGGUCGCCAAAAUCAAAAUAAUGUUGCUAAUACUAGUGACGUGAUUUUUGUGGACAAUACACAGACACAAAGACAAAAUAAUCAAAAUCCCAUUCCAAAUACUGAAACCAGUCAUCUAACAAGCAUUAACAACAGGAUACUGUCCAAUAGUCCAUCUCAUAGAAAGAGAAGCAAUAACAAUACCCAACCAAGUCCAAGUGAUAGAACACCACAGAUUCUAUCCAAUAAACCACAUCAAGAUAGUCAACCUAGCAGAAGUCUAGGUGAUUGUCCAAUAUGUAUGGACAGCCUUGCAAGUACUACUGUUGCUUCAACUAUCUGUGGACAUGUAUUCUGUAUGGCUUGUAUAAAAGCUGCUGUAAAAGCUAAUGGGAAAAAAUGUCCUACAUGUAGAAAAGCACUUAAAGGUGUGGGUUACCAUCAGUUGUUUUUGUAAUUUUUUAGUUUUUAUUUUAUUUUUGUCCUGUGCCAUGAUAUUUUUAUAACUUAUAUUAUAGUGUAAAUAUUAUCGAGGCCUAGAACUUGUCCUGAAGAUUUUUAAAUUAAGUACCUAUAAAAGGGUAUAAAUCUGUGAUUGUAAAAUUAAUUAAUUUUAAUUUUAUAUUGCAAAAUGCAAUACCACUUUAAUAUUUAAUUUUGUUCUGGAAGUUAAUAUAAACAUUCCUAUUUUUCUUAUGAAAAUACCUACUACCCUAUUCAAUGUAAAAUAUCAGUAUUUUACAAUGUUUCAAUUGAGAAACAUAAAAAGAUAUUGCAUAAUGGCCCCGAUUCCUGCAAACACCGCCUAAUUUUAUUUUAAGUUAUAUCCGUCAUUUUCAUAUCCGUCGACAAGGAAAGGGACGGAUGAUUCACAGCUCUUAAUUUUAGAAAGAAUGAGUAAAUGAAUGUGUCGGGUUAUUGACUGAUGUAAAAUUUUUAGACGGUUGGUUUAGAUUUGUGCUUAAAAUUGACGUGUGUUCCAUAAAUUUUAUGCUUGUCAAUUACCCGUCCCUUUCCUUUUCGGCGGAUAAGAAAAUGACAGAUAUAACUUAAAAUAAAAUUAGAUGGUAAUUACAGGAAUUAGCACCAAUGUCAGAUGUAAUACCUAAGUGUGAAUAAAAGAUAUGGUAGUGAAGCAAAUUAAAGUUAAAAGAUGUGAUGUCUUUACUCUUGUCUUUCAAAAAACAUGGAUGUGGAAACAUUCACUGGGUAUGCAUUCUAUGCAUUAUUAUUCAACAGUAUAUUUUUUAGUUGUACUGAUUAAAUGUGAAAGUAACAUGUA